AUGGAGCGCGUUUGCCCAAUCCAGCUCAUAUACGGAUUUUCGCUGGCGAUCCCUCGUCCCGACCGCCCAUUUCCAUUGUUCAUUGAAUUGGUGAUGAAAGUGAAAUCGGUGCUCGGCGAGCUGCAAAUCGUCGUUGAGCGACAUUCGGAUGUAUUGAGAAAUAAUGCUCUGCCUUUUCGGUUUUGCAUUACCUUGAGAAUUAUUGGAUUCAUUUUAUCGUAUAUUCACCUGGCUCGCGUCCUUUUAUGGCUUCACCCAUUCCAGCUAGUGGCGAUGGAGCCAUGGAGAAUUAUAACCGGCGCAUUCUGUGGCCACAACGUUCUCGACCUCGCAUGGACCAUCUGGAGUCUUCAUCUCGGCACAAAUCUUCUCAGACAAAACAAUUCCAAUGAAUCGCUAUUGAAAAUCUAUGCGAUUACUCAAGGAAUGACAACCUUGCUAGUUAUAAUCAUUUCUUAUUUGCUAUACGUUUUCUUCGACUACAUUCGUCUAUUCUAUGUUGAGCCUUUAAUUGGUCUCGUACCGGUCAACGCUGCUGUUUUAGUUUUAAUGAAGCAGUUUCUCCCGGAUUCCAUUGUAUUCAGCACCCCGUUUGGACGAGUCAAAUACACACAUCUUCCAUUUUUCGCCAUCUGCGUCACAUUCAUUUUAGCGCUCACCAAAUUCACCUAUUUUACCACAUUUUUCCAAACGCUCAUCGCUGUUCAAGUCUGCUGGACGUAUUUGCGAUUCUACAAUCCGCACGAGACUGAUGAAAUCUAUGGGGAUGGCAGUGAGCAUUUUACAUGGGCCAGCUUGUUUCCAUCAAGAACUCAGCCGAUUUUCACAUUGAUUGGACGUGUGUGCUUCAGAAGUCUCGCUAGAUUAGGAGUUUGCAAGCGUCAGGUUCGUCAUGUCGACUUGAAUUCACUUCAAUCGGUUGCUGUCGGAAUCAAUUUGCCGGCGAUUGAGCAUUCAGCGAAGGACGCGGAAAGAAGAAGACAAAAGGCUUUAAGAGAGCUCAACGAUCGAUUGAAUAAGACGAGAAAGGCGGAAAAUCGAAACUAUGGAAUCUGGGAGGAUGACGAUGACGAGGAGGCGUCGCCUUCGAAACCUGAAGAAGUCACCGCUUCUUCCUCGCAAGUUCAUUCGCCAAAGACGGGAAAUGACGAUGAAAGCCUUGCCUAA